AUGGACAAAAUUGGCCGUUUAUUUUCAAAUGUGCUCGACACGGUGUCUGAAGCAUUCCGAAACCAUGCAAACAACCAUAUCUACUCGCAUCCGGGUCAUCACGCCAGACGGGAUCUAGCUGAUGGCAAUAUAAGUCUCCGGGCUGCUCGGAGCUCUUUUAACAGUACCAAUCCCACCAUUACUAUCUCCAGCGUUGCAGAAGCAGGUGGCAACCCUCCCACUGUCUCUCCGUUCUACACCGGUUUGAACGGAGUCAAUCUGGAAAUGGAUGCUCAGCUGGUCAAGAUGUUGUGGCUUUCAAUCAUCGCCGCACUCACGAUUGUGUUUGCUCUGCGACUGUCCCAGCUGUUUGUAUCUUACAUCCGGAACAUCUACUGCAUGACGACAGAAAAGCCCUCUCAACAAAACUACUACGGCGUCGAUCACUUCAGGAUCUGGAGCUGGCUGAAGAAGCAUAUCAUCUACGCACCGCUCUGGAAGAAAAGACACAACCGCGAGUUCCAACUAUCCGGCGCGGUCAACUAUGGCACUCUGCCAAGCCGUAUCCACUCAUUGCUCCUGUUCAUUUAUGCGGUCACUAAUUUGAUCUACUGUCUUCUUCUCGAUUGGGGUAACCCGCAGAAGGGGGCGUUGUACGCGGAGCUACGUGGACGAAGCGGCAUCCUGGCCACCGUCAACAUGAUUCCUCUUAUCGUGCUCGCUGCUAGGAACAACCUCGCAAUACCGAUUCUCAGAGUCAGCUUUGACACAUUCAAUCUUUUCCACCGCUGGAUCGGCAGAUUGGUCGCCGCAUUAUCGGCCAUCCACUUCUUCGCGUGGCUAGCUGCGUAUAAGUUGGCCAAAGGAAACCAGGCAACAUUCAGAAUUUUCAAAGGCGCUCCUUUUCUCGAUUACGGCCUCCUAGGCUUGGUCGCGAUAGUCUUGUUGCCGCUGCAUUCGUUGUCACCCAUUCGACACGCCUUUUACGAGACGUUUCUUCACGUUCACCAAUGGCUGGCAUUCUUUGCCCUGCUCGGGGUAUAUGUCCAUCUCGACAUUAUGCAUCUACCUGCCUAUCCCUCAAUUUUGACUGCGGUGUUGCUUUUAUUGGCGGAAAGACUUUGGCGCUUGGGCACCAUCGCAUAUCUCAAUUACUCCCGGUCAGGCGGCAUGACAACCGCGAUCGUUGAGGCGUUACCAGGUGAUGCAUGUCGUGUCACCUUUCAAUUACCGCGGCGUAUCACAAUCCGGCCGGGCAGUCAUAUGUAUGCAUAUCUCCCCUCGAUCUCGCUUUGGAUGUCGCAUCCAUUCUCAGUCGCCUGGACGAAUGUCGAGUCAGAACCCCCAAUCUGUGGCCACAAUUUCGAAUUGCAGAGACCACCGACCCCGAACUCUUUGGAGAGACAGUCAGUCUUCAGCUCACUAUCAAAAGCACCCACAAUAGUCUCGCUGGUUAUGGUCGCACGAACUGGAAUGACGAGACAACUGUACCAGAAGGCUCGUGCUGCCCCCGAUUGCCAGCUUCAACUACGAGGAUUUCUGGAAGGUCCCUAUGCCGGCCACGACUCGCUUGUCAGUUACGGUACGGUCGUCAUGUUCGCGGGCGGCGGUGGCAUCACCCACCAUCUCAUUCAGAUCCGACACCUCCUGGCAGGUGCGCGGGCUCAAACCGUAGCGACACGGAAGAUUGUCCUCGUGUGGUCGAUCCGCGACACCGAGUGUAUGGAGUGGGUGAAGCCGUGGAUGAACGAGAUCUUACACAUCGAAGGCCGGCGAGAAGUUCUCAUGAUCAGAGUGCAUGUGAGCAAACCGACGAGAGCGAUCAAUCAUAGCAAGAGCAAGCCUACCAUGCAGAUUGUUAAAGGGAGGGUUGAUCCUGGCGCUGUGCUGGACGAAGUGAUUCCUGUGAGGGUCGGGGCUGUUAUGGUGAGCGUUUGCGGGCCUGGUGCACUAGCAGACGAGGUGCGAGCAGCAGUGAGGAGCAGGAUACAUCUAGGCAAUUUGGAGUUGAAUGAGGAGAGCUUUACCUGGUAG